AUGCCCGCCCCCCUCCGCGACGCGCUGAUCGUCUUCGGCCCGCCCUUCGUGCACCGGAAGAGGUUCUGGGUCACCAUGGUGGCCGCCUGGCUCGUCGGCGCCGUGGACGCCCUCGUGGGGCUCCUCUUCUACUGGUGCUUCGAGCGGGGCAGCGGCGCCCUGUGGUACACGCCGGCCUUCGAGGAGGCCAUGAGCGGCGACGGCUGGGGGCUGCUCCAGGGCCAGUGGUGGUACGUGCCGAUGGGGGCGGGGGGCGGCCUGGCCCUGGCGGUGUUCAAGGCCGCCUACGGGACCUUCGUGACCGUGCUCCCCGACAGCGUCCCCCCGAUGUUCACCGAGAUCAAGGACCCGGACACCGUGGUUCACGAUUGGAAGGCGGCCCCCGGGGUGUUCGUCAUGGGGCUCAUCUCCCUCAGCUGUGGCAGUAGCUUGGGCCCAGAAGCCACGAUGGCGUUCGUCGGCGGCACGGUGGGCUACUUCGUAUGGAGGCUCACCGACCGCUUCGUCGCCUUCGGCCUCGAGGAGGAUGUGGCGGCUGAGACGGUGCCGUCUUGCGGCGGUGACCCGCCCCCCACGGCAUCAUCUUCGGAAUGUGGCCUGCGCCAGGAGGGAGGCGACGCCCUCGACGCGGGCGGCACCGUGCCCCUCCCAGAGGAGCUUGAGGCGCAGCCCGAGCUGGCCGCGACGGUCUCGGGCCCGCCGGCCGCCCCCACGCAGGGCCUCCGCACGCCGACGAGCGUGGAGGAGGGCUCCUGCGGGGACGCCGUCUCGCUCCCGGACAGGGCCAACUCGAAGCGGAACAUCCGCUUCAGCGAGCGCGACAGGAAGCUGCUGAUCCUGGCCGGCAUCUCGGGCGCCAUGGGGGCCGUGUUCCCCUCGCCGCUGGUCCCCGCGAUACUCAUCGCCCGCGGUGCUCGACGCCCUGGUCGGCGACUACCCCGUCAUCCGCAGGCAGGGCGAGCUGAGGGUCACCGCGCUGGAGAAGCUGAUCGUGACCACGGCCUCCUCGAGCGUAUCGUACGUUCUCUACGGAGCGAUCUCGUCGAAAACCUUCAUGAAGGAGACCGAGGGCUUGGGGCCCGAUCCGACCGUAUACGAGUACCGGCAGGUCUUCUCGGCGGUCAUCCUCGGCCUGUUCAGCGGUGCGUUUGGGCUGCUCGGCUUCUCAAUGAACUUCCUCGCGAAGAAGUGCGUUCAGAAGCUGCACCAGAGACUGAACCGGCUCGGCAGAGAGCGCUUCGGGAUGCAGCAUCCCGCCCGCCAGCUCGGAGGCAUGCUGGUGCCGGUGGUCGGUGGCCUCGCCUGGGGGCUCUGCGCGGUCUUCUUGCCGCUCACGCUCGGCGGAGGUGA